ACAGAACACAGUCAGGCCACCUUCCUCUCUCGCAUUUGCUCUCUUGGUUAUUUGACGUUUCCGUUAAUUUUGGACGAAAUAUUACCAAUUUCAUCGAUUAUCGUUUACAGGUUAAGUACUUGCCGUUCUUCUCCGGUUCGUACCAGGCUCGGCUGCGCUCGGACCCCGCUCUUACCCCGCCGCUGCUCGUUCGCAUUCGGCUGUUGUCGUUCGGCGGAAGAAUGGACGAAGCGGACUCGGCCACGAAGGCACUCGGGCUGGAUGAACCGCCCAUCGGCGGGCCACCGGUGGAGGGAGUGGGCUCGGAUACCGAGUCGGAGGCCGAAGUCACCACGAUGGCCGUGAUGGCGGAACCGGGAAACAUCGACAUGGGAGCCGAGUCCCUGCCGAACCCAGACGAGGCCGAGGCUGCAUUCGCAGAAGUGACGGCGGUGACGGUGGGGGAUGUUCAGGCCGCAGAGGACAACGUUUUCACCACGACCGUCGCCACAUCAGGGAACCUGCCUGAACAUGUGCUGAGUGGGAGGACUACCCUGCAGCUGGGUGAAGGUCUCAGUACCCAGAAGGCCACUUUGAUCGUGGUUCACACUGACGGUAGCAUCGUGGAGGCUGCUGGUCUCAAGUCUGCCACUGCCAUUGCACCAGGUCCACAGACCACACCCGCCCCGCUGACUCCACCCCAGGACAAAGACUCCUGCUCCAAGUACAACUGGGACCCCUCAGUCUACAACAACGAGCUGCCCGUCCGCUGCAGGAACACCAGCGGUGUCCUCUACAAGAACCGACUGGGAUCAGGGGGUAAAGGUCGUUGCAUCAAACACAACCAGCAGUGGUUCACUCCCACUGAGUUUGAAGGUCUGGCCGGAAGAGCGAGCAGCAAAGACUGGAAGAGGAGCAUCAGAUACGCUGGCAGACCUCUGCUCUGCCUCAUACAGGAGCGUAUCCUGAACCCCCAUGCUGCCUCUUGUACCUGUGCAGCCUGCUGUGACGACCUGACAGCGUGUCCAAAGGAUGGAGAGACUCUGGCAGCAGAAAACAUCAGUAUGACCGGUCCAGUCCGCCUCUUUGUCCCAUACAAGAGACGGAAGAAGGACUUGGAGCCACCGGUCCUAUCCCCGAAAAAGGAACUUCCUGCCACCAAAAGCAUCACGUUGACCCCCGGGACAACAUUCACUGUGUCCCCGUCAGGACAGUUCACCACCUCAGGCGCCUUGACCUUUGACCGCACUCCAACAGGUGACGCCACUGCUGCCGCCGCCACCGCCACCAUCAUCUCAGAGGCCCCGGCGCAGAGUGAGGUGUUCGCCAGCACCGCAGUGCUGACAGCGUUGCCAGCGUUGGCCCUGGCCCCUCAGCCCGUUCAGGCCAAGAUGGCGGUGACCGCGGCGGUGUCUCCGUCGGCAGGGCUGGUGAGCGGGCUGGAGGUGGGGCCUGUGGGAGGGGCGGGGCCAACGGUGAGCGAGGGGCAAAAGAACACCUGGCUGUACCUGGAGGAGUUGGCCAAUACGCUGCUGAGCAAUGUCCAGCAGCUGAAGGCUCUGAUCGACCAGGCCAAAAACUCUGCAGGGGACACAGCGGGGUUCAAAGGUCAGGGAGGUCGGAAGGAGUGUGGUUUCAAUCAGUCUUUUCAGAACCAGAUUUCCUUCCAGCAGCCGGACGACUCUGAGGCCAAGAGGAGCUCUGACAUUACUGAGCUCAUCAUCAAUCAGAUGUGUGUGAACUGUGGUCGGAUGGCGAUGAGUGAGUGUACGGGCUGUCACAAAGUCAACUACUGCUCCACCUUCUGUCAGAGGAAGGACUGGAAGGAUCAUCAGCACACCUGCUGUCAGUCAGCAGGGGGCGUAGCCAUCCAGGAGGAGGAGCCAAUCACAGCCAUUGACAUGGACAAAGUGAAAUGAAGGUGUUGCAGGUGGUCCCCCUCCCCCCGAGGUCUUCGCCAUCAUCAGCUGCUGCAGGCAGGAAGUCCUUAUGUGGCCAAAGAGGAGAGCAUCCUGCUUAAUAUCUCCUUACUGGGACUUUUAUUGUGGAAGCUUCCCCUCAGACUAGCGUGAGGAGAAGGUCUGUGAUCUCCUGAGAGGUGAACCUGUUGGAAAUAAACUGCACUGACUUUAUUUGUAGAGAGAAGUUGAGAGAUCAUCAUCUUUCAUCUUCUGGAAACAGGAAACUGUCACAUCGUGUACAUGAACACCAUCUGGACAAAAUUAACAUUAUUAUCUCACACACACACACACACUACCAUCAAGUGUUAAAAAAAUUAGCUUAGGGCUGCAACUAAUGAUUUCUUUAUGACUCAUUGAUCAGUUAUUUUCCUCAUUACUUUAAUUGAUUAUUUUGUAAGUUUCUACAAUGAUGAUCUUUUUAUUCCUUAUCUUCCCUCAGUGGCUGUUUUCCCUUUGUUGAAACAUUAUUUUUCUUCCUGCCAUUUUAACUCUUAAAAAGCAAAUUUAAAUGUCCAGAGACAUCCUGUUUAAGUAAAGGUCACGCACAUCAAUAAAAUAAAAAAUAACAUUAAAUGAAAACCCCGCCGCAUCCUGGCCAGCACUUUGAAGUGAAACAUUUAUUGUCUUUUCUAAAUGUUAUUGUGGUAUUUUUUUUUUUGUUUAUUAUUGUUAUUCAUGAUUCACAUUCCCAGAUUUUAAAGGUUUUUCUUCGCUUUAAAAUAAUGAUAAUUUAGCCAGCAAAUUCCUGAGAGAUCUUUUUUCUUUCAGAACUUUAUGCAUCUGUAGUUUUCUGUCUUUACUUGUGAUUCAAACUCAAAACAAAAAGUUGCAGCAGCUGAUUGUGGAAGUCCAGAGCCGUGUGCACAUAAUGCACAGCAAAAUUGGGAUGUAUGUGCGACUCUGCCAGAGACCAGAGCAGCUGUUUCAUCAGUGAGUGCACAUUUUAAAAUCCAGUUUACAGUUUUAUUUGGUUCAUUAGGUUUAAGAAGUACAUCAUACUCAUUAUAAAGCAAUGCUAUGGUUCGGAGAGUAAAAGUGAUUUUUCCAUCCAGUACUUUGAGAUGAGUUAGUUAUGAUCUGUUAUUAAUGGUAUUGUAGUGUUUGUUCGUCAUUAUGACCCGUGACCAGCCAAAACAAUACGCGUUUUUAUCAUAAUUCAUGUGAAGGUUGAAGUUAAAGUCUGUUUUUACAAGUCUCAGUGAUUCUGUACUUUUCUUUUGUUACUGGUGAUUCUGAAAAAUGUAAUUUUCACACACAUAGUGCACAUCAAAUUUACGAAGCAUGACCAGUCUGCCGUAGCAGCUUUUCGCUGUCUCUGAUUGGUACAUUUCAGCCAAUCAGAUGUGAUGUUUUGCCCAGUGGAUGUGAUAUUUGCCAGAUUUCAGGGGGGAUCUUGCUGUUAGUUUGUAGUCCACUUGGAAUUAUUUUCAAAAUGAGUUAUUUUACUUUUUUGAAUGAAGGAAAUUGACUUUUCUUUCUCCAUAUGUUGUUGAUAGGUCUUGAAAAAGCAUGUCAAGUGGCCCUUGAUGGACUGCUAUGACUUUGUUUUGCAUUGCAGGCACCAGCUACUGAUAUACAUCACUACUUCCUGCAGAGCAGGAAUUGCUGGAGAGUUUGGCUGUCCAUAUAUUUUCAGCCAUGUAGCGAAUCUCAAGUUCAUCAAAUCUAAUUUAAUUUUAAAUUCUGAUGU